CAUAAACACGUCAACUGUGCAAGUAAAACACAACCGCUGCCCAGACCGCUGCCCUGGUCGAAACGGCCAUGCCGACACGCAAGCCGCAGGAGCCGCGCAAGGCGAUACCGGCGCCCCAGCCGGUGGCGCCACCGGAGACCCCACGCGUUCACAAGAAGGCUGGCAAGAGAAUAGUCCUCGCCGUUCUCAAGUUGCGUCGACACCUUCAGCACAAGUUCAAGAAGCUCGUCACAGAGGGCAGGCCCACAGUGCCUGCCCCUGCCCCGGCCAUACCGCCCCUUCCCCCACCCGAGGCCCUUGAAGACAGGAUUUCCCACUUGACGUUGAAGGUGGAGGAGGUCACGGCGGCGGCGCGCGAGCUGACCGCCCAGGUGCUGGCGCGCGGCGAGAACCUGGAGGUCCUGUGCGAGAAGGCGGAGCAGCUGCUGCAGGCGUCCCAGGACUUUGGAAAGCGCUGCAAGCGGCUCAAGGGGAUGCCCUGGUGGGCCCGCCUGGCGACGGCUGGCGCCGUCACCGUUGCGGCGGUCGUGUGCGCGGUGUGGGGCGUCCGCCGCGGCGCGCCGCCGUUCGGCCGCGUCUCGCCACCAGGCGGCCGCGUCUUCUUCACUCGCAGCCGGCGCUACGACCGAAUGCACUUCUGGCCUGCGGGCCGUCUAAUGGAGAAGCAGUAACAUGUUAACAUAUAAAAUCGGAGGAAGCGGCGCAACAUGCGCCGCUGGGGUAAUAUACAUAGCACGGUAUUCAUGGAUGGUUGUGGAAGGCGGCCUGACAGGUAGGGCCCCGCCCGCUGUAUGGACGUGUGAUGGCAGUGGCAUGCUAAACGCUACCCAGUGUGCAAUGGGAGCCAAGCAAAGAGCAUACGUUGCAGCAUGGUACGCUUUGACGAUGUGUUGCGAAGAAAACCAUGAACCAGGGGGGCUCCUCUGGCAAAAUAAUUGGAGCAGGUUGUUGUGCGGAGGCGUGCUCGCGCGGUCGCGCCCCUGCCUGAGCGCCAGCACAUUUUCUGGCCGCACGCCUGAGCGCUUCCCUUAUUCUUUAUGACAAUAAUGCUGGGGCGCGUGCCCACUGCGCGUGCCUUUGCACGUCAUUCUUUUGUUUGAUGCACGCCUGCACGUAGUGUUUUCGACUCGAACUUGUGCUUAGGUCAAGAGCCGGUGCGGUUGGCGGGCGGUGCCUGUACAAACCGACCCCGGCUAUGUCCGGGAGAUGAGGCUAGUAUCGGAACCUUCGGCCUCAGACGGAGGACGUGGCGUGGCGGCACAGCCCACUUUUCCCUUGCAAGGGAGAGCCACCUUUUCUUGUCGACUCGAACAGUGGUACGGUAUUCACGUGACGGGCCGGCUGGUGAGACGAGGAUGACAUGAGAGAGAGUGCAUUGGCGAAAUAACUCUGAUUGGGUUCGCUCAUGAGGUCGGACACUUGGACCCGAGCUGGCCUGGUCACCUGCUGUCAGACUGGCGAGCCAACCGCCAGGCAGGUCACCUGCGGCCCCUGCUGCCAUUCAGUUCAUAUACAUACUACGCCUUAUGCUCUGGUCUGCGCUUGCACUACUUUUGUAGAGCGCGUCAAUACUAAUGGCAAAUAUGUUGCGCACGCGUGCAUGGUGGUGAUGGAGCCAUGUCUUGAUGUUGCUGCGCAACAAAGGGAGAGCGUGUGGGCGUGGGCUGCAGAUUUGCAUGACUUGCCAUACAUCUGAGAAGAGAGUGCAUUAUCGAAGAUGCUUUAAGGCUAACAAUGCGAAGCCGAGGAAGCCAAUGCAUUGUUGUUAAGAUGAGUUUUGGACACUCGGACUUCGCUCGGGACCUUGCGGAACAGGGCACAUGAUAGCCCCUGCUGCAAAGGGUAGGUGCCAAGAGAUUGGUAUUGAACACGUGCGUGGUGGAUUGUUGGUGGAGGUACGUCAGCUGAUGGGGAAUCUUACUGUGUGCUGCGUAGCGGCCCUUGGACCUUGGU